CCUCUCCAACUCAAAUCUUAUUUUGUUCCUCGACAUGGAAAUAAAGCAACAGGGAGAAGCCCCCUCAACUCCAAAACCGAUCAACUCCAUCAACAACAACCACGGAAGAAAUCUUAAGGUCGAAAACAGAUCUUUCACACCGGCGACAACGCUCGAGUCCGGGGUCCCACUUCAGGAUGCCUCCUUCGAGAAAAAGCUCUCAUGGUUGCGGCCUCAGAUCAUUGGAGCAGAUGCCGAUUUUCAGUCUCCGUUCGGGAAGCGACUUAUCACCUACGCCGACCACACAGCCUCUGGAAGGUCACUCCGCUACAUCGAGGACUUCAUCGUCAACAACAUUCUUCCUUCUUACGGGAACACUCACACGACCGACAGUUACGUGGGACACAGGACCACCAAGAUGGUCGAAGAAGCUAUACAGUACAUGAAGCGGUGUUUGGGCUGUGGACCCGAGGGUGCACUCCUGUUCUGUGGGUCCGGCUCCACCGGAUCCAUCAAGCGGCUCCAAGAGGUCAUGGGAAUAUCUGUUCCAUCGAUAUUGAGAGAUCGAGUCCUCAAAAUCCUACCAAAUGAGGAGAGGUGGGUUGUCUUUGUGGGGCCAUUCGAGCAUCACUCGAACCUCCUCUCGUGGCGGCAAUGCUUAGCGGAAGUUGUAGACAUUGGCUUAGAUGAUAAUGGAUUAGUAGACAUGGAAGGCCUGAGAGACAAGCUUGAGUACUUCAAGGACGAGAGUAGGCCUCUCUUGGGAUCUUUCUCUGCUUGUAGCAACGUGACGGGGGCCUACUCCGACACGAGAUCCAUCGCCAAGCUCCUCCACCAGUACGGAGCCUUUGCUUGCUUCGAUUUUGCCGCGAGUGGCCCUUAUGUGGAGAUCGACAUGAGAAUAGGAGAGAUCGACGGGUACGAUGCGAUCUUCCUAAGUCCACAUAAGUUCUUGGGCGGGCCGGGGAGUCCCGGAGUACUGCUGAUGAGCAAGGCCCUAUAUCAGCUCACGUCCUCAGCGCCAUCCACCUGUGGAGGUGGUACAGUCGAGUAUGUCAAUGGCUUUAAUGAAAAGGAUACGAUAUACAUAGAGAACAUAGAGGAAAGGGAGAACGCAGGGACUCCCCAAAUCAUCCAGACGACAAGAGCAGCAAUGACCUUCUGGAUAAAAGACUACAUGGGGUACCAAGUGAUCAAGAAACUCGAGCACGACUACAUAACAGAAGCAAUAAAGAGGCUGCUUCCGAACACAAACAUCGAAAUUCUUGGCAACAAAGCCACAGAUCGACAAGCUAUUUUGUCGUUUCUGAUAUACUCGACCACUACUGCAUCAUCAUCAUCAUCUCCAACGAUCAAAGGGCGAGAUGGUGAUGACCGGGGCAAAGGAAGAGCAGAGGGAGGGCUUUACAUGUGGGGAGAAGUCGGUAACAGGAGAGACAAGCCUCUUCAUGGGGCUUUCGUUGCAACCUUGUUGAAUGACCUCUUUGGGAUUCAAGCAAGAGGUGGAUGCGCUUGUGCGGGACCUUAUGGUCAUUCCUUGCUCGGUAUCACGGAGACUCGGUCACUUGCUAUUAGAUCCAUCAUCGAAAAGGGUUACCUCGGGGUAAAGCCCGGGUGGACCAGGAUCAGCUUUCCCUACUACAUGUCUCACGAGGAGUUCGAGUUCAUCCUCGCUGCAUUGGAAUUUCUGGCUAUUUAUGGACAGCGGUUCCUUCCUCUCUACCGCUUCAACCUGAGAACGGGAAACUGGGCAUUCAAGAAGGAAGCCUUUAAGGACCUCGUGCGUAAGGACAUGAACUGCAAUUAUGGGGCAGUAUCAUUGGCCCGAAAUUCCCACAGUGACGGAAGUUCAAAGAAUGCUGAUAUCGCAAAAGAGUACGCUGCGUACCUCAAAUGUGCGAGGUAUGUUGCAGGACUCCUGCCCAAGUUCCCAUCGCCACAUCAGCUUUCAGAAGGCAUCGAUCAAGACCUGCUGUACUUCCGAAUGUAGUUCUGAUAAUUGACUUGAAGCUGAGAGAUUCACGACAGAGUAUGCAAAUCGUCGAUCAUAGCAAAUAUAAAUCUAUAAAAUAGGGAGACUUCAAAUUCAUAAAAAAGAAAAUGAAAAAAUAAAAACGAAUUAGUGUAACUAAUGUGGUCAUGGCAAGUAACAAAAACCGGGACUGACUACCCUGCACCGGUGUUUGAUUGUAACAAGAAUGAUAAU